GGGAGAGAGCCCAAUUCAGCUUUUAAAAGACUGGACAAAGUUUUUAUUAAAUUCAAAUUGCAGCUUCGGAUAAGUUAAAAUCUCUUUAAAUUGGCAGUCUGCAGUUUCCGUAAGCUAAGUGGAAAUCUUGGCAACUUGGUGUUUUAGACUUUAUAACUCUCUUUACUGAGGCAAAGUGGAGAAACCUUCAGGCAUGUCGGGGCUACAAAAUAGCGGCGUUAAAGACAAUAGGACAGAUACUUCCCGUCUCGUCCGACUUAUCCAGAUUGAGCACAACUACAACUAUGUUCCACCCGACGAAUCCGAUGUAACUAAAUCUCAAUUACCACCCAAAAGGACUUUACGCCAGGUGGUUUGUUCCUUGCAUGACAGCAUAUAUCCUGGGCAGUUGGGUCAACUUGUUUUGGCUGAUUUGAAGGAGCAUACUCGUAAGGCAGAUGUGAUUUUGAGACGAUUGCGUCGAUUCCUGGCCAGUAAUCGCAGAUUCAUUGACUUUAGUCCACUGCCUCGAUUGCAGGAGGCAAUUGUGAAGCACUUGGCGGAGGAGAUGAGUUGCUCAACCAGAUUUUACGAGUGUGCAGAUGGGAGGAGAUAUUUGGUUGCAUAUAGGCCGGGAAUCGAACCCAAUCCCCUCGAGCUGAGGGCUCGCGAAGGCAACUUUCACUGGGCUCUGGAGGUCGAUCCUGCGGAUGAGGCGACUGAGCAGACCAGGAUCUCCUUUCGCAAGAAGAAACUCUACCUGGACCAGAUGUCGCAUCUGGAGGAUCGCCAGUUGGCUGAGUAUUCCUGCCGUUUGGGCCGGAAAAUUCUCGAGGAGUGGAAUGCCAACAGCCAGUCAAUCUGGAAGCGUAAAAGAUCUAAACAAAAAAUCAUGAAGACCAUGUAGUCAUAAGAUAUAUUUAGGUAUUAGGUUUGAAAUUAUCCACA